AUGUUUACCUCGAGCGGUUGUAGCGGUACAUGCUCUGGACCAACAAAUGCACGGCGUUUGUACUUCAUGUUGCGGGUUUGUGCUGCGCUUUUGUGGGUUCCGCAUUGUGCCGCGUCAUGGUGGGUUGCAAGCACCAAUCAGGAGGUGCUUCAUGUAUUAAUUUUUCAUGUACUCGCCAUUGCCUUGACGUAUUACCUGGCGGUGUAUAAAUCCUGUGGGGAUUAUUUAUUGAUUGUAUCAUGGGCUAUUGGUGUAUUGAGCAGAAGCACUUGGGUAACACCUAAAGCAGGUGGUAGUGUUGUUAUUCAUCAUAAUGCAGCCCCUUCUGUGUUACAUUUGAGUACUCAAAAUAAUAAUUUUAGCGCUGCAGACGGCAGUCGUGAUGUUAAUGGCGAUGGCGAUGUCAAUGGUUUGAUGGCCGCUGUUUCGGCCUUAUCAUCAACUGCGGAGGGUUCACGACUUUUAUGGUUGGGGGUUUCCAUGUUGAAUGGCAUUAUUGGAGGGGCUUUGUGCAAACUGAAGGAUCUGGAUGAGGACCGUUAUUACCCAACACUUGAUUUAGGAGCCAGGUUGUAUGUUGUGGUUCCUUUCUGUACGGGGCAGUGGUUUUACUUCCUCUUACGCAAUGGUUGGAGGGGAAUCUUGUUGGAAAAUCUUACAAUUAUUAUUGUCCUUGCGAUAGUGGGUUACACCGUUUUGACUUACAAGUUAUUAAAGAAACACACCCCACUGGCGCACGGUGAUGUUAUUGGUUGCUUCUGUGCGCUGUUGACAACAUCGUUCGGUGUUGUGUUUGCUGCUGUGUUGGUUGGCAACAUAUUUUUCACUGUGCUGGUGAUCCCGUUUCUUAAGUCACUUUUUUCGUUAAAUGCACUCGUUAGUUCGCUAGGUAUUGUGAUGGAGAUCAUUGUGUAUGAAAUUAUAUAA